AUGAAUACAAUCAGAAAGACAAAUUCUCCGAGGGGAGAGGUAGGAGAGAUUGAUACAAGAGCACCUUUCCAAUCUGUCAAAGCUGCUGUUAGUUUAUUUGGUGAAGUAGCCGUUUCUAGGGACAGAUUUGCUGUCAAGAGAAGAUCAUCAGAGAUGGCACGCAUAUUUUUCGUGGAUGUUUUCAUGUUUGUGGUGUCAAAAGACUCUCAUGUUUUCCAAAAUUUGCAGAAUGUAUUUGAAAAGGAGACACAACUUAUCCUGGCCCAAAAGGAAUUAAGCAAGAUAAAGAGACAGAUGGAUAUUGCUGAGGCCACGAAAGCUAAAGCACUUUCUGACCUUGAGAGUGCCAAGAUGACCCUUCAUAAUUUGACAACCAAACUUGCCAACGUGAGAGAAUCUAAGCAAUCGGCAAUGGAAGCAGCUGAAGCGGUGAGGAAUGAGACCAAAAGAUUUGAAAAGGCACUGUCUAUAAAAGCAGUAGGAUAUGAAGCUUGGAAACAAGAACUAGAACAUGCAAGAAAAGAGUACACGACCACUAUAACUGAACUAGAUUCUUCCAAACAAGAAGUCACCAAAAUAAGGCAAGAUUUUGAUGCAGUUUUGGAGGCAAAGCUAUCUGCAUUGCAAGCAGUAGGAGAAGCUCAGCGUUCAGCAAAAUUGAACUCUGAAAGAAUCAGUGAACUCUCAAAUGAAAUUGCAACCAUGAAAGCAUCAGUUGAACAGCUAAAGCUGGCUUCUGAACAAUCCCAAGAAGAACAUGCACAAGAUAUGGGACAAGAUGAAACCCAUCUUGGCUUUUACAAAACGGCCAAGGAAAAAGCACUCGAAAAUUUGGAGUCCUUAAAGAAUGAAUAUGAUCCUGCACUAAUUCAAAGCCUACAUGCCAAACUAGCUGAAACAGGUGCAGAGAUUGAAGCUCUUCAAGAGCAGAUUAAAAAGGUGCAUGCUUCUAAGAUGGAUUCAGUGAGGCUUUUAACUUCAGAGCUUAAAGAAGCCACAAAGACACUGCAGCAAGUUGGUGAAGAGAAAAAUUCCCUUACAAAACUGGUGUUCUCUCUUAGGACAGAAUUGAAGCAAGUGAAGAAAGAGCACGAUGAAAUGAAUGAGAAGGAACAGGCAGCAAAAGUUCUUGGUGCUAACCUCACUGGUGAAAUUCAAGAGAGCAUGGGACAGGCAAGACCUGAGCCAGGUACUGUGGAGGAUUUCGAAGCUAAUAUCUUUUACGACCAGAGUGUGAAAAUCAAGAAGCUACAAUUGGAGACAGAAGAUGCAAGAAGAGAAGCAGAAGAGAUGAAAAUCAAGGCUCAAGAACUGAAGCAAGAAGCUGAAAAAUCCCGGGCCGCAGCUGAAGAAGCAGAGAAAAGACUUGAGCUUGUUUUGAUGGAUGCUAAAGAAGCAAAAGCAGCGAACCUAAGAGCCAUUAAGGAGAUGAAGAUUUUGUCUGAAGUUGGUAAGGUCUCAACUUCAAGAUUCAAUGGUAAGAUCAAAAUGUCAAAUGAAGAGUUUGAGUCACUGAGAGGAAAAGUGAAAGAGUGUGAAGAUUUGGUUCAAAAGAAAGAGGCAGAAGCAGUGGCAGAACUGCAAGAAAUCUACACAAGAACAAAUGAAAUAGACAGAAAGGUGGAAACUAAUCUGAAAGCAAUUGAGGAAACAAGGGCUGCAACUGAAGUGGCUUUAUGGAAUGCAGAGAUGGCAGAUUCUGCAAUAAUGGCAAUUGAGAGUGAACUGAUGAGGUUGCAAAAACAAGAACAAGAGGUGGUUGCUGAUGCUUGUUCCAGCACAUUGGAGCACUCAGAUAAUUCUUCAAGACUAAUACCAUUGACCAUUUAG